CUCUUUUGCUUUCAUUUAAGAAUGGACCUUCUGCCACCGCGGCCAGCUCCGCAACCAUGCAUCUUGUGUCCUUCCUGGUCCACGCGAGAGCCAACAAUUGAAUUGUCAGGGCCAAGGAAUCCGUCAUGCGCUUUUCCAAAUCUUCGACUGCGGUCGCCCUGACCGCCGUCGGUCUUCUGUCGUCGCAAAGCUCAGCAUUGGCGACAGGCUCUGUGACCGUCAAUCCCUCCAUCACCAGUGGUUCAAUUCCCACUGGCACUGCCAGUGCUUGUGCUGCGGUCAGCUCGCUCGCUGCAGGCGGCGGGAUCUCGAGCAAAACAGAGUUUCCGAUAGUCCCGGCAUCCGUUGCAUAUGAGUGCUUAAAAUCUGUCCCUAUUGAUAAAGACUCGGCCUUGGCGGUGGUGUCUGGCCUGUGGCCGUACUUUCAAUGGCAGUCAACAUUGGCUUACCUCAAAAACCCGCCCAAAGGCUACCAAGAACCUCCAGUCGAUAUCUUGGGAGGACUGAACGACAUUGCAAGUAAUGUUACUAAAGGCGUGUACUCGGGAGAAUAUGAUUUUCAAAUGGACAUUCUUCGUCUCACGUUGAGCGCACACGACGGUCAUUUUAUAUGGAUUGGGGAUGCUGUCGGAAAUGCUAUUUCAUUUGGAAGGCAAAGGGCCUUAGUAUCCGUAUCCGUGGACGGACAGGCUUUGCCAAAAAUCUAUAUUUACGAGGAAAUAUUUGCGUCUGCGCAGGCAGGUUCGACAAAUCUUCCAUCUGCCGUCACCAAAAUCAAUGGACAAGAUGUUGUAACUUUUUUGGAAAAUCUGGCCCAAUUCAAUAAUCUGCAGGACCCAGAUGCAGCUUACAACAGUCUCUUCUAUGACCUGGCACAGGUUUCUCUUCUCGAGAACGGCCAGGGACCAGGAUUUUUCGCUGGAGGAGAUCAAAAUAUUGGCGGCUUCUUCUAUCCUGGACCGUCUACCAGUUUUACCUUUGAGAAUGGCACCACUAGUGAACUUGAAAAUUAUGCCAUUAUUCGUGGAGAUUUCUCUGGCGUCGACAGUGGCGAAGCUUACUACGAGAAAUUUUGCAACGGCCCAGCUGCGGCAGAAGGCACGGCAACACCAACUGCGACAUAUUCUUACACUCCAGGCUUUACGUCCUAUGCUUAUCCCACAGACUCGAACACCGCUGUACCGACCUCGAUUGGGGCAUUCUCUUCCGAGACAUCAAUGGCCGCAUCAACCUCGUCCGUGGCAGCUGCAUAUACCUCCUCUGUGCCUCAAAAGAUCCCCGGAUAUCCUGAACCUGAAAUCGAGCAUUCUGAGGGCUUUAUCGGCGGCUACUACCUAAGCGGCAACGGCUUGGAUGACGUCGCAGUUCUCAGUAUUCCUUCCUUUGUCGGCUCUGCGGAUCCUGCGUCUAUUCAAGAGUUUCAGGCGGUGGCGCAAGAGUUUUUGGCCAAGAGCACAAAGGACGGAAAGAAGAAACUUGUUAUUGAUCUCAGCUCCAACGGUGGCGGUACUGUCUAUUUGGCGUACGAUCUUUUCAAGCAGCUUUUCCCACAAAUGACGCCUUAUGGUGGAACACGCUUCCGAGCUCAUCAGAGCUUUGAUGCUCUCGGACAGGAAGUGUCACAACUAUUUGCCAAUUUCGAUCCAAACGACCCUUCGGCUACCGCAACUGAUAUAGAGAUUGCCUCGCUCCCGUUCAACUACAAGGAAGAUUUGAACAUUGACUUGGAAGAUUUCUCAUCGUGGAGCGACGUCUACGGCCCCCAUGCCUUCAACAAUGAUCAAUUCACAUCCAUUAUCCGGUAUAACCUCAGUGAUCCUCUUCAGACUGUGGACACAUCCGGUUUAGUUAUUUCUGGUUAUCUUAAUCGCACAGACCUUCCACCUCAGCCCUACCCUGCUGAGGACAUUGUUUUGCUCUACAAUGGUUUCUGCGCAUCAACCUGUGCUGUAUUUUCAGAAUUCAUGAAGACUCAAGGCAAAGUGAAGAGUAUCGCUAUUGGUGGACGGCCUCAGACAGGGCCCAUGCAGGGCGUUGGAGGAACCAAAGGUGCCAAUGACUAUUCCUUUCCAGUUAUUUGGCAAUUUAUUGCCAUUCUGCUGGAAACCGCCACCCCGUCCCAACUCAAGAAGUGGCGCGGAACGGAGAUUGGCAACUUUACUGAGUACCAGGACUAUGCUCUGAACCGAUCUUUGCACGGCACCAGCGGCAGCGCCAAUGUUCGCGACAACAUUCGCGAGAACGAUACAGAUCAGACGCCCCUUCAGUUUGUCUACGAGGCGGCCGACUGCCGCCUUUUCUACACGGCGGAUAUGACGACUGAUAUCACGACCAUGUGGGCAGGUGCUGCAAACGCCUACUGGAGCAACUCGAGCAUGUGCAUCAAGGACUCCACCGGCGACCCUUCGUCUCUCAGUGGCAAUGGUGUCCUCAACGGCACCACUCCGGCGAAUAAUACGUCGCCAUCAUCUGGCGGCAAGAAGCACCAUAAUGCAGCCCCGUCAGUGAGCGUCGGCACCACUGGCUUGCUGGCCAUGUUCAUUUUCUCGUUUGCUGUGCUCUACCUAUGAUGACUCGCGUCUUCUCCCUCUCUUUUUCUUUCUCUCUUUCGAAGCUUUUACGGCUGUAUCGCUGGCUUCGACAGGAAGCACUGGGCUUCUUUCAAACUGCUCUGCUUCUUUUAAAAGCAAAGCGAAUACCCAUCUGAAAAUCCCAUUGCAGCGAGACAAUUACGAAGUUCCAUGCCAUGUAUACAUAAAUUACCCGCAACUAAGGUACCUACCUUAUAUGUCCAUUUCGGCAGGCCAAGCGAUAGUUGAGAUACUAUGUGCAUCAUUUGUAUUUAGCGAACCUCUGGCUUUGUAAUACCGCAGCCUUUUUAGGAUAUAAAAACCAGUCUUAUAAAACACUAGCCCGCUCAGGCUAUAUUUCUGCUCAUUA